CUGGAAAAGCGUGGUCAUGGGACCCGUCCGCAUCAUCAAGGUGGACAGGACAAAGUGGUGAUCCGUCUUCCUUAGGGACUUCCAUCUUGGACCUCCAAUGAGGCCGUAUUGGGAUCGCUGGGCAUUUCGAACCGUGGGAAAUGAGGUCAAGCAUCAUUUCGAGGGUGGACCCACACCGUCGGAUUAAUACAGUUUGACAUCAGUUUUAACGGUCACAGCUCAAUGCUAUGGACUCGUGGGAGUUGUCGUUUUGCAAAGCUUUCAGUCUUCUCUGGAUCAUCGUGUAAUGGAGAUGCUUUUGCUCCUGGACCUUUGCGAUGGGAGAAUGGACACCUCACAGUCUUUCCUUUAAAAUGCCUUGACCCAAGUGAUCCCAGUCUCAUUUUCAUGCCACGCAGCCAACGAACAGCAUCUCAAGCCCGGAUUUGGCAUCUGCAGCAUUUGGCACUAGCGCAGGGUUGGCUUCGGCAGGCUUCAUGUUUGUGUGUGACUCAAGCAGUCAGAUUUUCUGACCAUUGGAGAAUAUUGGAGCUUGCCGGAGCCAUGUGGCCUCUCCUGUGGGCGACGGUGCGGGCCUAUGCCCCGUAUGUCACCUUCCCCGUGGCCUUUGUGGUCGGGGCCGUGGGCUACCACCUGGAGUGGUUUAUCCGUGGCCAGCCUCCUCCGCCAGCCCUCGAGGACGAGAAGAGCAUUUCGGAGCGGCGCGAGGACCGCACACUUCAAGAAAGUGCGGGGAAGGACCUCACCCAGGUGGUCAGCCUCAAAGAGAAGAUGGAAUUCGCCCCCCGAGCGGUGCUCAACCGGAACCGGCCUGAGAAGAACUGAAGGAUCCGCUCGUGUGCCUUCGAGGCCAACCACGUUUUGCCCCGUGGUUGGCAGAAGGAUUCUGGUUGGAUUCCAUUUGUGUUUCUAAUCCUAUUGGUGCUUCUGUCUUGCUGGGGUUGACCAAUGACAGUCUGCGAUUCCUGUUGCCUUCACCCUCAUUUCGCACCCAUGGCAGACAACUAGAAUCCAAAUAAUCCAUGGAAAUUGGGAUGCAAAGGACCCAGCACCUAUGGGAUCCCACGGAACUAUUUAUCCUCCGCCAGACUCAUUCAACACACACUGAAACUGUUUCUUCAUUGUGUAUUUCCUCCAAUAGUUUCAUUCAAGAUCCAGUUAUAGCUGAGCAACGUGGUUGCUUUCCUUUCCAUCUUUUCUCCUUGACCUUGGCCAAAUUUGACUUUUAAAACAUCCCAGAUUUCUUAUUCGCAUGCCGUUGAAGAUUGGCUUCUUCUAGAGGACUUCUGGGUGCCAGGAGAGGUCGAAACCACUACCCACACAACAGGUGGUUGCUGCUUUUGUGCAGUGUUGCUGCUACUCAGGAAAACUGGAUGCAUUUCCCCCAGGAUUUUAUAUGUGGGAGAGGUGGGAAGGCUGACCUUUUUGCAUGUGGAUUUACCUACCAGUAAAAUUCAAUAUUAAAACACAGUUUGGAAAUGUA